CUUUUUUUUCUCUCUCUCUUUUCCAUUCUUUUUCAGGAUCGAAUUUGGUGCGACAUUCGUUAAUAUUUCAAAGUUUCUUCAAAAUUUCAGUGAGUAUUCGUUUCACCACCACAAAAGAAGCGCCAGCGAAUUUGGAUCCAAUUCUUAUCCUCACUCUUCUCCACUUAUUCCACUAAUCCGUCACCUCCUAAUUUUACAGCGUGAAUUUGUGGGGGGUAACGUUCUUUUUUCCGGUGGAGUGAUUCAAGUGCUGGGAUUGACCCAACUAUAGGAUUGGGCUGAGGAUUGCAAUCAUGGACAGGCUUAGUGCUUCAGCACGUCUCAUGAUAGUUUCAGAUCUUGAUCAUACGAUGGUUGAUCAUCACGAUUCUGAGAAUCUUUCUCUGUUGAGGUUUAAUGCAUUAUGGGAAGCCAACUACCGUCACGAUUCUCUGCUUGUUUUCUCAACUGGUAGAUCCCUUACACUGUACAAAGAGCUAAGAAAAGAGAAACCUAUGUUAACUCCUGACAUAACCAUAAUGUCUGUGGGAACCGAGAUAACAUAUGGUCUUGAAAUGGUACCGGAUGAGGGUUGGGUUGAAGUUUUAAAUCAUAAGUGGAAUAGGAGCAUAGUCAUUGAGGAAGCCAGCAAAUUUUCUGAACUUACUCCACAGGCAGAGACAGAACAACGACCACACAAGGCUAGCUUCUAUAUUCAAAAAGACAAGGCUCAGGCUGUUACCAAGGCUCUCUCUGAGUCUCUAGAGAAACGUGGGUUGGAUGUAAAAAUAAUCUACAGUGGAGGGAUAGAUCUAGAUAUAUUACCACGAGGUGCUGGAAAAGGUCAAGCUCUUGCUUACCUGCACAAAAAGUUCAAGACUGCUGGAAAACUACCAACUAGCACUCUUGUUUGUGGUGACUCGGGAAAUGAUGCCGAGCUAUUUAGCAUUCCUGAUGUAUUCGGUGUCAUGGUCAGCAAUGCCCAAGAGGAAUUGUUGCAAUGGCAUGCUGAAAAUGCCAAGGACAACAGCAAGAUUAUUCAUGCUACAGAGAGGUGUGCAGCUGGCAUCAUACAAGCUAUUGGUCAUUUUAACCUUGGUCCAAGUACUUCUCUUAGAGAUGUCAAAGACUUCUUGGAUUCUAAGGUGGAAACUAAAAGUAUCGGUCAUGAAAUUGUGAAGUUUUACUUAUUUUACGAGAAAUGGAGGUGUGCAGAAGUUGAGGAGUCUUGCGCGUAUCUGGAUCGCUUGAAAGCAGCCUUUAAUUCAUCUGGUGUUUUUGUUCAUCCUUCUGGUCUCGAGCUCUCUCUUUCAGACAGAUUGAGUUCAAUACGGAAGCAUUAUGGAGAUUCUCAAGGAAAACAGUAUCGAGUUUGGGUUGAUCGAGUUUUGCCUACGAAGAUCAGUUCAGACUCGUGGCUUGUGAAGUUCGACAAGUGGGAAUUAUCUGGCGAGAAGCGACUAUGCUGUCGAACAACAGCCAUACUAAGUUCAAAGGAUUCAAAUACUGCCAAUGAGUCCAUUUGGUUGCAUAUUCAUCAAACUUGGCUGGAGGGGUCAGGAUCAGAGUUUAGUUCAACCUGGCUCUUUUAGUUCCUUUUUGUUUUUUCUCAUUUUCUUUUUUCAACCAAAUUUUUAUUUGGUCACAGAUAACUCCAGAACUAAGGAGAACUCAAGUUUCUAUCAAAAUAAAUGUAAUGUGAUGCUUUGACAUCUUUAUUGAUAGAUUUUGAUACAAUGAUUAUUGUUGUUAUCUUUA